AUGGCUGCAGCAACUCACCCUUCGGCGCCGUUUACUGGAAACUUGGUAUCAAAACCUUCUGCAUCGGAUCUUCUGCGAAGCUCAAGGAAUGGUGUUUCUGGUAUACCCCUUAGGGCCCUUGGGAAGGCGCAAAUCGGAGCCAGAAGAAGAGACUUGACCGUUUCAGCUAAACUAAGGAAAGUCAAGAAGCGUGAGAAUCCAUGGCCAGCAGAUCCUGACCCCAAUGUUAGGGGUGGGAUUCUUAGUCAUCUCUCACCGUUCAAGCCUCUAAAAGAGAAACCUAAGCCAGUUACACUGGAUUUUGAGAAGCCUCUUAUGGACCUGCAGAAGAAGAUAAUUGAUGUUCAAAGGAUGGCUAAUGAGACGGGUCUGGACUUCAGUGAUCAAAUUAUAUCCCUGGAGAAUAAAUAUCAACAGGCUCUGAAAGAUCUGUACACACAUCUAACGCCCAUACAGCGUGUGAACAUUGCACGACAUCCGAAUCGACCAACCUUCCUUGAUCAUGUUUUCAACAUUACUGAGAAGUUUGUAGAGCUUCAUGGGGACCGAGCCGGGUAUGAUGAUCCUGCUGUUGUCACGGGUCUUGGUACCAUAAAUGGCAAAUGCUACAUGUUCAUGGGCCAUCAGAAGGGCAGAAACACAAAGGAGAACAUUCAGCGCAACUUUGGAAUGCCUACUCCCCAUGGCUACCGGAAGGCUAUGCGCAUGAUGUACUAUGCAGAUCAUCAUAAUAUUCCAAUUGUUACUUUCAUUGACACUCCUGGGGCUUAUGCUGACCUUAAAUCUGAAGAACUAGGCCAAGGAGAAGCCAUAGCUCACAACUUGAGGACUAUGUUUGGUCUAAAAGUGCCAGUCAUUUCUAUUGUUAUAGGAGAAGGUGGUUCGGGUGGUGCUCUUGCGAUUGGUUGUGCCAAUAAACUGCUAAUGCUUGAAAAUGCUGUCUUUUAUGUUGCAAGUCCGGAAGCAUGUGCAGCAAUUCUAUGGAAGUCUGCCAAAGCCGCUCCCAAGGCAGCUGAGAAGCUCAAGAUUACUGCAACAGAGCUAUGCAAGCUACAAAUUGCUGAUGGUGUCAUCCCUGAGCCACUUGGGGGUGCCCAUGCAGAUCCUCAUUGGACGUCACAACAGAUUAAAGCUUCAAUAUUGAAUGCAAUGGAUGAACUCGAUAAGAUGGACACACCAGAUUUAUUGAAGCAUAGAAACCUCAAGUUCAGAAAGAUUGGUGGAUUCCAAGAGGGGAUUCCAAUUGACCCAAUAAAGAAGGUGAACAUGAAAAAGAAAGAUCUUCAGCCUGGCAAGACUCCUGUUGAGGAACUACGGAAUGAGGUUGAAAAACUAAAGCAACAGAUUCAAAAAGCAAAAGAAUCCUCAGAUGCAAAGAAACCGGAGUCCGGUCUUAAAGAACUUAUUGCCAAACUGAAGAGUGAGGUUGACUAUGAAUACACCGCAGCUGUCAAAGCUCUGGGCUUUGAGGACAAAAUUGCAACAGUGCGAGAAGAGUUUGCUAAAGAUAAGAGUGCUACUGGUAAUACUGCUCUGAAGGAGAAGAUGGAUAAGCUAACGGAGGAAUUCAACCAAACUCUUCCAGCUGCUGCUAAUUAUUCCAGGUUAAAGAAAAAACUUGACAUGUUGCGAGAGAUAUCAAGGGUCGAAAAGCUAUCCAGGAAGGGCAGCAAAGAAAUUGAACUGCAGCAGGAAAUUAACAAGAGAUUUAAGGAACUCACUGAGCGACCUGACAUUAAGCAAAAGCUGGAGGCCUUGGAGAUCGAAAAACAGACUUCAGGGAUGUCAGAGAGUGUUAAAGAGAAAAUUCUGUCAUUAAAGGAUGAGAUACAGCUGGAAUUUUCUGGUGUUCUCGAAUCCAUGGGUUUGCAAGUCAAUGCACCUGAACUUGCGGUGGCAAAAGAAAAAUUAGAUAAAUUCAACAGCAAAAUUAAAGCCUCAGUGGAACAUAUAGCCAGUUCAUCAGAAUUGAAGAAUAAGAUUGAGUUGUUGAAAUCAGAGGUGGCAAAGGCGGGAAAGACACCCAGUUCAGAGUCAAAAGCUAAAAUUGAGGCAUUAGAGCAAGAGAUAAAAACGAGCCUUGCAGGUGCAGUUAACUUCCCACCACUACAAGAAGAGUUUGAGCAGCUCAAAGUGGAGAUUUCUGAGGCCAUUCAAUCUUCUGGAGGUACAAAUGGUAGCAUGCUUGAGGAUGCCAAGUAUGAUAGCGCUCCAAAAGUAGAGACACAUGUCUAG